GUUCUCUGUUGCUCCGUGGAAUCUCAAGAGUCGACAGUCGAGAAUCUUUAUUCAUCUAUCUAGACACUCGUGCCGUAGCAGAGCAGUACAUGUGUGCGAAGUAAAGUGAAUUAGCCCGCAAUUGAGGCCCAAUUGAUACCUCCUAUAUAUGUACAUUUAUUCGGUUCUAUAAUGAGAUAAACUCUUUCAAAGAUACACCAAGACACGUGCCCGGCACGCUUCGAUGUGACAGCAUUUUCCCGGAAGUCACAAAUCAUCAACCACAUCACCUGUAGGGGAGCCACAACCAACAACAACACACGGAUAAGUGCCACAGCAAUGUGUUGCUUUCAUUUAAAGAACUUUAAAUGCGGCCAUCCGCGCUCAUUGAAAUCCACGAAAAGUUAAGAACAGAUCCAUCGAACAGAGUCCGGCCAGGAUCCAGCCAAGAUACACUCACCCCACACCCACUCUCAAUCACUCACUAGAGGACUCUCGCUCCACACAGCACCCUACUCUCCACCCACAAGAAACAGCCCCCUCCAGUAGGCGGAAACUGACACGGACACGGUCAGAGUGGGAUUUGGGGGAUCUGGGAUCCGAUUAGGAUGCCCCGGCUAAAGCAACAGGGUUGGGCCUGGCUGCUGCUGGUACUGGCCAUUUGGGUGGGCGUGGGCCCGGGACCGGGUCCGGGUCCAGCUCUCGCCCAACGACCACUGCUCGCCAACCACACCUUCAACGCGCUGUCCAACUACAACAACAACAACUGGGGGCCGGGCGGCAAGCAGCUGCGGAAUGGGAGGGUGCACGAGCAGCCCCUACCUCUGCCACAGCCACAGCCCACGGUGACGGGAAUCUACGAUGAUUACGAGGGGGAGGCUGGCUCUCGACCACCACCGGCCGGCGGGCGACGGGAGACGCGACGCCGCCAAAAUCUUGCCCGACGAGGCAUGGAGUCACUGCGCAAGGAGCUGAUGAAGCCAUCGGUGGGUGGUCCCGGUGGAGGCCUCUCCGGCAGCAGUGCCGGAUAUCCCUCCUACUCCGGUACUUCUUCGAUAGGCCGCAUUGACGGCCUCGGUCUGGGUAUGGGCUCCGCGGAUCGCUAUGGGGAGCAGCUACGUCAGCCGAGCGGCGCAGCGGCCAUGACAGCCGGACCCGUGGUGGGACCUUACUCCACCCGCUUUCCCCCGCUGUACGCUGGCGUGGACGAGCAGCAGCCGAAGCGAAUGUACUCGCGCAAGAACUCCAUCAGCGAGCUCUACAAACUGAAGAAGAGCCUCAACCAGGCGGACGAGCCCGCUGGCGGAGUCACCCAUGGCAACUUUGAAGGCGAUCCCGUGGUCAGCCCCCAGGGGGUGCCCGUGGAUCUGAUACAAGAGAUCAAGGAUCGCAUCAGGGACACGGAACCCAAUGCGAACACAUAUUCAACCCACACGGAGUCCACUCCAUCCUCGGAGUACGAGUACGAGCUGGGGGUCAAGUGCAACUUUGAGACGCCCUGCAGCUGGUCCUGGGUGGACUACCCGGACGGCUUCCAGGUGAUGACCGGCACGGAGCUGGCGAAGCGGAACAUGACGGGUCUCCUACCAGGGCCAGUGGCCGACAGCAUCGACGACGCCAACGGACACUUUCUGUACGCCCGCGUUCAGCCCAGCACCAAGCCCCUGAAUCUCACUUCUCCGGAGUUCAGCACUACCAUGGAGAAGUGCUUCCUGGAGGUGUACAUGCACCAGAGCGAUAUGAGCCACGGCCUGUCCCGCGUGGUGGUUGAGCCACUCCACACGCAGGAGAGCAGCUGGGUGCCGGCCGAGAUCCAGGGCGACAACUUUCGCACGUGGACGCGCAAGGUGUAUCGCCUGGGGCGCAUCUCCCGCGACUUCCGCAUAGUGUUCGAGAUCGUGCCGGACUUGAAGGCCGGACAGAAGGGCCAUGUGGCGUUGGACAAUCUGCGGAUGGUGAACUGCUUUCCAGAGGGCACCAAGUCGGAGAAAUGCAGUACGUCGCAGGUCAAGUGCACAAACAACAGAGUGCCCGUUUGCAUUCAUCUGCCACGCGUCUGUGACAUUACACGUGACUGCGACGAAGCGGAAGACGAGCAUCAGUCAUGCGACAAAAUACCUUAUGGCGGUCGCUGCGAUUUCGAGGAGGACUGGUGCGGCUGGCGCGACUCGGGCAAGACUACUCUCACCUGGUCGCGCCACACGGGCUCGUCACCCACUCACGACACGGGGCCCGAUGGGGAUCAUACCCUGCAGCACUUGUUGAACAACACCAGCGGCUACUAUAUGCUGGUCAACAUGAAUCAGCACAUGAACGAUACGGAGAAGAACUCGAUAAUCGGCUUUGCCAGCAAUGCCAUCAUGCUGAGCAAGACGUUCAAUCCGCCGCCAUCGGUGCACGGAAAUCCGGACUCCCCGUACCGGAACUCCUGUGUCGUGCGGUUCUUCAUCCAUCAGUUCGGCAAGAAUCCCGGCAGCAUAAACCUCUCCGUGGUGGAGAUGAAGGAGAAGGAGAACAUAACCACCACGCUCUGGUGGAGCACCAAAAACCAGGGCAGCGAUUGGCUGAGAGCCGAGUACGUCCUGCCCAAUAUUACGUCCAAAUACUAUCUUCAGUUUGAGGCCCGAAUGGGCAUGAGAAUCUACUCGGAUGUGGCCGUGGAUGACUUUUCCCUGAGCCCCGAGUGCUUUGGCCUCAACAUUCCCGAGGAGCACCUCAAUGGCUACAACUAUUGGGAUGUGCGACAGAACCUCAAGAGUCCCACCUACCGAGACUUUGAAUAUACCAAUUACCUGGAGCUAACCAGCUGCGAUACUCGGGGCAUGAUAGGGCCCACUCAAUCGCAGUGCGAGAGCGCCUACAAGGAGCAGAACAAGACCCACAUUCUGCGAGAGGUGCAUGUGGUCGAGGAUCAGAGCAGCUACAAGGGCAUGCAGAAGUGGAAGGUGCCCAACGAGGGGCACUACACAAUCAUUGCCAAGGGAGCCAGUGGAGGACUCGGAUCGGGUGGCGUGGGCAGUUCUCGCGGAUCUGUUGCCGUGGCUGUGCUGGAGCUGCACAAGAACGAGGAGCUCUACUUUCUGAUUGGCCAGCAAGGCGAGAACGCAUGCAUCAAGUCCAUGGGCGCGCUGAAGGAGGCCGGCUGUGGCACUGACCACGACCUGGAUCUUGCACAGUACAGCUUCCGAUCCAAACAGGACAUGGUCAAGAACAUUUACAUUGAGAACGGCGCCGGUGGUGGUGGCGGUGGUUCUUUUGUCUUCCUGUUGAAUCAGGCCAAGAAUGAGGCUGUGCCGCUUCUGGUGGCCGGCGGAGGGGGAGGCCUGGGCAUUGGCCAGUACAUAGACGAGGACUUCCAGCACGGCCAGAAGGCGAAGCCACUGCAGGCGCCGGAGAGUGGACAGAUCAAUGGCGAGCCGCUGAACAAGAAGACAGCCGGACCAGGAGGCGGCUGGCGGGCCAAGGAGGAUCAGGCUCUGAGUCCCACCAAUGGGGCUGCCCUGCUGCAAGGCGGUCGCGGCGGACACUCCUGCUAUGUAGAGCUGGCUGACAAUGGCACCACUGUCCAUCGCCAUGGCCAGGGCGGAUUCGGAGGCGGCGGAGGUGGCUGCAACACGGGCGGCGGAGGCGGCGGCUAUGCCGGCGGCGAUGUUUAUCUGAACGAGUCAAACGGUGAGGGCGGUAGCUCGUACAUAAGCGCCUCCCGCAGCCUGCGGGAGAUUGGUGACGUGUAUGCGGGGGCCAGUAGUGGCCCGGGAUCCGUCAUCAUCAUACCGGCAAUCGAGGGCUGUGGCUGCGACUACCGAUGCGUGGCCAUGGACGAGUUCCGGUCGAAGGUGCGCUGCAUAUGUCCGGACGGCUGGAGCCUGAAAAAGGACAACAACACGGCCUGCGAGAUCCGCGAGGAGGCGGGCAAGUCCUCCUUCCAACACCUGGUCUCCAUACUGAUAUUUUCAUUGGCAGUGCUCUUUUUCUGCAUAGCGGCCCUCAUCUUUAUGCUAUACAAUCGCUAUCAGCGCAAGAAGCAGACCAAGAAGCGCCACAAAAUGCUCGUAGAGCAGGACCUGCAGCUGACGAGACUGCGCCACAACAUCGACGACUCGAACCUGAACAACUUCAAUCCGAACUACGGCUGCGACGCCAUCCUUAACGGCCACAUCGAUGUGAACAGCCUGCCGCAGGUGGGGCGCGACAGUCUCCAGUUGGUCAAUGCUCUGGGCAAGGGAGCCUUUGGUGAGGUCUACAUGGCUCUGUACCGCCAUCGCGAUGGUGAUGCCGUGGAGAUGGGCGUGGCGGUGAAGACCCUGCGCGAGGAUCCAAAGCGUGAGAAGGAGGAGGACUUCCUCAAGGAAGCGGCCAUCAUGGCUAAGUUCAACCACCCCAAUAUGGUGCACCUGAUCGGUGUCUGCUUCGACCGGCAGCCUUACUACAUUGUCCUGGAGCUGCUGGCCGGUGGGGAUCUGCAGAAGUUCCUGCGCGAGAAUCGGAACACACCGGAGAGGCCUUCGCUCCUAACCAUGAAGGACCUGCUAUUCUGCGCCCUGGACGUGGCCAAGGGCUGUCGCUACAUGGAGAGCAAGCGGUUCAUCCAUCGCGACAUCGCCGCCCGCAACUGUUUGCUAAGCAGCAAGGGGCCAGGUCGCGUGGUGAAGAUUGCGGACUUUGGGAUGUCGCGGGACAUCUACAGAUCGGACUACUACCGGAAGGGCGGCAAGGCGAUGCUGCCGAUCAAGUGGAUGCCCCCGGAGGCCUUCCUCGACGGCAUCUUCACCUCCAAGACGGACGUGUGGUCCUUUGGCAUCCUGCUGUGGGAGGUCUUCAGCCUAGGGCGCUCCCCGUAUCCGGGCCAACACAACACCCAGGUGAUGGAGCUCGUGGUGCGAGGCGGUCGCCUGGGUACCCCAACCGAAUGUCCCGUCUCUAUAUACAAGAUCAUGGCCGACUGCUGGAACCCGACGCCGGAGGACCGUCCCACAUUUACCAGCCUGAUGGAACACCUGACCAGCUGCUCCCAGGAUCCGAGCAUCAUGAACGCGCCGCUACCCAAUAUCCUGGGAUCGACGUCCUCCGACCGCGACGACACCAUCAUCCGCCCACCCAAUGGCGAAGAGUUCUGCCUGGCCGUACCUGAUUACCUGGUCCCCCUUCCCAGCCAUCUCGCGCAGCACUUGCCCAGCGGCUCCGCCUACAUCCCGCCCCAGCGCAAGCAGGCGAGCGCCAGCGCGUGCACUCCACCAGCGGUAUCCUCGCCAGCGACGCCCCAUCCCAAGCCGGUCGUCCUGCAUGACCAGCAGUUGGAGACCUCUUUCAUCUUGCCCAACUCAAAAAGUGACCAGCCCCUACUGGCCGCUGGAGCGCCCAUCACCACCACGGCGCCCAUUAGCGUCCCCACCCCACCCAAAGCCGCCUCUCCACUUCUACCCCCAGCAGCGAAACAGAAACCGGCCGCCGAGCAAGAUGCCGCAGAGGGUGUCGUCGAUAGCCAAACUCACGACCAUGAGGGAAAGCUUAUCAGUCUGGACACGCCGCAACCGACGCCGACGAGUAUCACACCGCCUCAGUGCUUCGCCUCUCAGCUAGAUGGGAUCACGCUGGAUCCAUCGACCCUGGCCAAGAGCCUACCCAAUGGCCUACCGCCGGGCAAGCAGUCGUACGCCAAUGUCCAGGUAAAGGGCGAGCCGGAACCGAAGGCCAUGACCAAUGGCAAUGGCAAUGGCGCUGUUGUUAAUGGGGAAAGUCCGACAGCUGCGGGUGCUGCCGGGGACCGGGAGCCCCCCUUCACCAUCCAGGGCUACGCGGAGCGGUACAAGGACAACAACAAUCAUUCCGAAAUCAGUUGCUAGACAAAAGGUGUCUCGCCGCCGGCCACAGGGUGAAGCUGUCCGUACCGUACCACGAUAUCGUACGAUCCCGUACGAUCCACAAUUUGUUCGCGUUUCACGAAACUUAUUGCUUGGUCUGAUUGAUUCAAUCGGGGAAAUCUUUAACAGAAAACAGAAAACAAAUCGAGUGAGAACUUCACAAAAAUAUUGUAUUGCAAUUAAAGCGUAAAUUUGUAUUGUACGAAAAUAGAGAACCGCUGAGGAAACUCCGUGAAAGCAAGUGAAAAUACACACAUUAAUUAGUUGAAAAAUUAGUUUAGUUUUGUACCAGACAUUAGUUUGCCAAAAAAAAGAGAAAAACAAAAAGGAAUUAACAUAAAUUUGCGAGAGGUUGUAUAUAUCAAUUGAGUAUAAUAUUAGUGCAUAUAUUGUUUGAUGUACCCUUAGGUUUUUUUGUCCAUCUUUUUAGUUUACCCUUAGUUUCGUUUUAAGCUGAUGACUGAAAUGCCAAACAAUAUUCCUAAAAUAUAACAAAGCGUGACCGAGAGAGAACGAGAAGAAAGAGUUCGAUUAUUUUUUAUACGCAGUCCAGAGGAUCGGGAACCAAUACAAAGCCAACUCAAAGUAGUUCAAAGUUCAAAGCAGGACACACACCACCCACACUCUCUUAUAGUCUUUGAUUUCUUUAUGAUGCUAAGUUUUAUCCUAACGAACUUGUAAAUACCAAAUAAAAACCAACCAACAAAAGCUUCCGUCGUAGCGAAUCACGUUUAUUGAAUGUAUUUGUAUUUAUAUUAGAUUAAGAGAUAAACCAAAACAAAAAACACAUAGCGUGUAAACGAGUAAGCGAGUAAACGAUAGAUCGAAAACGAAUACAAUUUACAGGGUGAUUUUUAUGAAAAUUCAGUUGUAUGUUUGAAAAACAGAAAAUUAGCAUUAACGGGGUAACAACCCCGAUCGAGGAGUUGUGCGACCUUUGGUUGUGCAACAUGCUCUCAGCACAGCCCUGUAUUUGUUCAUCAUUAUAAAAUGGUUCUGUUCGAGAUUCGAAAUUUGAGAUUUUGUACAUUUAGUUGGAACGUAACAAACAAGCUUUAAAUUAUAUAAUUUUUAUAAAGAUAUAUAAACGGAUAUACAAGUGAGGCGACAACAUUAUAUUAAACAACAAAAAAAAAAACAAACAAACAAAAAGAAAAAUGAAUACAAUUAUACAAGAUCAAGUGACAUAUGGCUCAUCAUAUAGUAUAUGUAUGUGUAUAUCUAUACCUAGAUCUAAGAAAAUUGAGAUAAACCGAAACAAAUCGAAAAACGAGAAAUACAUACACAC